CUGCCCCGCGGGUGACGGCGGCGGCAGUCAUGGGGGUGGAAGCGGGACGGCGGAGGCGCUGGGGUGUGCCGGUGUUGCUGCUGGCUUACCUAUGUUACGUGGGGCUGGGGGCCGGUGUGCUGCAGGCGCUGGAAAGACCAGCCGAGGUGCGGGCGGCCCGGCGGCUCCUUCAGCAGCGCUGGGAGCUGCUCGCCAACCACACCUGCCUGCAGGGGCCCGCCCUGCAGAGGCUCAUCCAGGGCAUCAUUGAAGCCUACAAGAGUGGUGUAACCAUUCAGGGAAACACCACCAGCCUGGGCAGGUGGGACUUCAGUGGGUCUUUCUUCUUCUCCAUCUCUGCAAUAACAACCAUUGGCUAUGGGAACCUAAGCCCCAGCACUGUGUCUGGUCGAAUUUUUUGCAUCUUCUUCGCCCUCUUUGGGAUCCCCCUAAAUCUUGUCCUCCUGAAUGAAAUUGGGCAGCUGAUGUUGUUGGGAGUUCAGCGUAGUGCCCAUCACCUAGAGGAGAUGUUUCACUGGAAGAUAAAAGCUGCUCUGCUGAUGAAGACCUGUGCACUAGUAACAGGGUUGUUAUUGUUCCUCCUGCUACCUCCCUUGUUGUUCUCUAACAAAGAAGGAUGGACUUAUGAAGAGAGUUUCUACUAUUCCUUCAUUACUCUCAGCACAAUAGGAUUUGGAGAUUAUGUGAUUGGGAUGAACCCAGACCGCACCUAUCCAAGCUGGUACAAGAAUGUAGUCUCUAUUUGGAUCCUCUUUGGGAUGGCCUGGCUUGCACUAAUUAUCAAAUGCUGCAUCAACUUACUGGAGAGCUCCAGUGACUUCUGUCAGUGUGACAGGAAGAGCACAGAGUUGUCAGAAGACGUAAUGGAUGAUGGCAAAAAGAGUAUGACAGGACUUUGCAACGUGGAGUGCUGCAAUGACAAAGACAAAAUAGCAGGAGGACCAGGUGCAUGUCACACCCAUACAGCUUCUAUGGAAGCACUUUAGAGGAGAAACAUACCUUUGGUGUCUCUCACAUUCCAAUACACAAGAGAUCACUGCUUAGAAAUGUGGAAAUGGAGCUGCCCUGACAUUCACACUGGGAUGCAACCCUGCUUGUUGAGUAUGAAAUGCUUCUAUUCUGAAUCAAAAAUGGCAGCAAAAUAUCUCAUUUUAGCACCACCAAGUAUUACCAAGAAGGCUCUUGACCAACCAAAAGUAGGUUUUCAGAGAUAAUACCUACAUUCCCACCUCAGAGUGAGGUAAACUUUGAUAUCUACACCCAGCACUGCCCACUGUCUUUUUCUUUGCAAAUAAAGUUUAUGUAGCCUUCAACUGUAUAUAUGGUAUUUUGCAAAUGCCACAACUAAAACAGGAAGCAUAAUUUAAUACAGGAAGCAAACUGCAUGUUGCCAAAAUGCUCAGUGGAAAAAUAUUCUUUUAAACAAGCUGGCAGUGACUACGAAUGAGCAGCAUCACCUGUGUGCUUGUGCUUGCCAAAGGUGGUAACGUAUUUUUGCUGUCUGAUCAUUUGUAUGUGAAUAGCAAUGAGGUAGAGAUUGUAGAGGUGCCUAAUAGAAACUGAAUGUUUGUUUUUGUUAGGGAAGCUUCUACAUCAGAGGUCCACUAACAUUAAAAAAGAUAGUAGGCAGUUUUGUUUUUUUUUAAUUUCAGAACUUAUAUAGGGUGUCAUCUAAAUGUCAUCUAAAUGCAACCAUUCAUUUGGAUGCAUUUUUUUCUUUUUCACAUUAUGGAAGCUGGAAAAGGAAGACUAGGGGCAAGAGUUGCUUUAAUCAACAAACAAAUGUGAGUACCUUCAACAAUGAUCAGGAGUGAUGCUGUUAUCAUGAGCUUCACAUGGCAUAGAUGAAUACUGUAUUUGCUUGUCUAAGUCUUUUUAUAAGCACAACUGCAGUUUGAUCUGUAAUGAAAAACCUGAUCAUUUAGCAUGUCUGUCAAUUGUGAACUGAAAAUUUUUAAAAAUUCCUGUAAGUUCUCAGAAAUCUUUUGAAAAAUUGUGCCAUUUAAAAAGGCCCAACAGAAUUUAACUUCUGCUGUUGUUCAUAUAGCAAUAUCCAUAUUGUGUUCUUAUUCCUGUUGUGGUAUUUGCACCCUAGAGCAAAUUGCACAACUAACUUGGAAAACUUGACCAUAGGAGUAAGCCAGAAGGAAGUAUUUGGGUGAGCCUAAGCGUCUGCAUUGGUUCUAGAUCUUCACACAGGCAGAAGAAAGUGAGUAGAAAGCAUAAGAUGUUGGAGCAUGAUGCCCAUGAAUUAGGAAUAUACAUACCUGGGCUGCCAGCAAUGCAGUGAGAGAAAAUUUUGGACUUCAAGAAGACAAGUUCUGGAUGACAUAUCAUGAAAAAAAUAGUCUCCCAAAUAGGCCAGUCUGGGCUUCAGUAUUUUGUGGAAUUGGUUAUGAAAGAAAAAGCGAGAAAAGAAUCUGCAUGAUCAAAUUAAGACUGUCAGCCUUUUUGUCAUCAGGUUUUUGCCAACUCUGUAGUGAUAAAUGUUCUCUCAAGUACUUUUUCAAUAGUCAGCAAAUAUAAGAAAGGGAGUUAGUGGAAAUCUCAAGUUGUAGUUGGGAAAUUGAUGCGUAAUAAAUAAAACUGAUUAUUUUUUUUUUA